CUAGGCCUAGACGAAUAGGCCAUUCCUUCCCCCUCGCGGGAAGUUGAGUCCCCUCAGGCUUACAUGGGCUGGACCAGCGGCAGCAGACCCCACCCGGAGGGAAAGGGGGUGCCAGCGGAAGGGGGAGGGCUAGCUGACAUGGAGCAGAGGCAGGAUGUCCCAGUCUGUGACGUCUGUGGUGAGGUUCUCUACAUAUGACAAUAUCACCCACUCUGUUGCCAAUACCCUGGUUAUGGCCUCAGAUAAUGUGACGGCUCUGCCCCAAACAACAACAUGGGCAAUCAACGACACCAACAUCACUGUGCCACACAAGUGCCUGCUCUUGCUAUAUGAAGACAUCGGGAAGUCCAGAGUCCGCUAUUGGGACCUUAUGCUUCUGGUUCCCAAUGUGCUUUUCUUUGUCUUUCUUCUCUGGAAACUGCCUUCUGCCAGAGCCAAGAUCCAUGUCACCUCCAGCCCCAUCUUUACUACAUUCUACAUACUAGUGUUUGUGGUGGCUUUAGUUGGGAUUGCUCGUGCAGUUGUCUCCAUGACAGUAAGUGCCUCUGAUGCUGCCACAGUUGCUGAUAAGAUCCUGUGGGAGAUCACGAGGUUCUUCCUCCUGGCCAUUGAGCUGAGUGUGGUGAUCCUAGGCCUUUCCUUCGGUCAUCUUGAAAGCAAUUCCAGUGUCAAGCGUGUACUGGUGAUCACCACAGUGUUGUCACUGGCUUACUCUGUUACCCAGGGGACACUGGAGAUCCUCUACCCUGAUGCUCACCUGUCAGCGGAAGACUUCAACAUCUAUGGCCAUGGAGGAAGGCACUUCUGGCUUGCCAGCUCUUGUUUCUUCUUUCUGGUCUAUUCCUUGGUGGUGGUUCUUCCAAAAACUCCCCUGAAAGACCGGAUUUCUCUACCAUCUAGGAAGAGUUUUUAUGUCUAUGCUGGAAUUCUCGCUCUGCUGAAUCUGGUGCAGGGCUUGGGCAGUGCCCUUCUCUGUGUGGAUAUCAUAGAAGGAUUGUGCUGUGUCGACGUCACCACGUUCAUCUACUUCAGCUUCUUUGCACCUCUCAUUUAUGUGGCAUUCCUGAAAGGCUUCUUUGGGUCUGAACCAAAGAUCCUUUUCUCCUACAAAUGCCAAGUGGACGAGCCUGAGGAUGUAGAUGUGCACCUCCCCAAUGCCUAUGCUGUGGCCAAGAAAGAGGGCGUGGAUUCCAGCUUCUACUCCAGCACCCAAAUCGACACCGCAGCCUACCUGGAUGAUGUGGCCUCAAUGCCCUACCAUGUGGGAAGUGUCAACAGCAUUGACAGUGACCGUUGGAAAGCCAUCAAUGCCUAAAUCAACCCAGACCUCCAGCACGAUGCCACUCUCCCUGAUCACACAGCUGUUAGGAUGUGCAUCACAGAUGGUCCUCAGUCACUUGGUGUGGCUUUUCCCUCUUCCCCUGGGCUUUAAAAAAAACCCAUCGUGGAACAAAAUAGCUCCAGCCCUCCCAGAAGGACCUUUUGUAUCUUCAUGUGAUAACAGCCUAGACCAGCUUUGUUCAUAAAUAUCUAAAUGCUGAAUCUUCCUGAUCCUUGGUGUUCCAGAUGUAGCUGUGACCCAGAAGAUGGGUCUGGCUGCCACCCGUUCCUUUUCAGUGACUGAAAACACUUGUGUAACUGGGAGGGGAGUGGGAUUUUGGGGUGGGGGAGUUGAGAUUGGCUUCUCCAUGGCGUAUAUGUGCGAAGCAUUCAGCACAUGGAGCCAAAGGCACUUUCAUGGGCUGUCUCAACGGGUCCCCUUUCCCAGGUCAUGUUGCAUUGUAUUGUAGGAAGAGCGCUGUCUGGAGAGAGGAAGCCUGGGAGAGCAGGGCUGCUCCUCAAUUCCAGCAGAUACCGAUGGAAAUCAUGAACUGUAGUAAAAUGGAAAUUACAAGGAGUGUUUUGGGUAUGUAUGGGAGAAGGCUCACUGAUGAGCGAACUGUUAAAUGUGUCCUGUGACUAUUAGAGGGACACUGUCUGGGAUCUGGCAGGUCAGCUAUAUCCUGGGUCAAGGAAAGAGACUUUUAAAGAGCCAGCAUUGCUGUCUGUUGGAGAGACAGUGGCUAUGGAAGGGUCUCUGAAGACCAUGCUUAUGCUCAACUGAACUCAUACUGUGAACUUGCGGUGACAAGUGGCUAUGUAUUUUACACUGAAUUAGGGUUGAGUUUUAAGAAUAAAAUUGGCCAAGUGUGAGUGUUUCAGAUCUGCACUCUGCUUUACAAUCCUGGUUGAAUUCCAGAGCUCUAAGAGGGCUGUAGAGGAGGAAGCUUUUUGGCUCUGAAGAUGAAGGCUCCAGAAGUGUUCAGAUGGUUGAGGCAGAGCAGAAGCCCCAGAUGAGUCCUGGCUUCCAGUGACCAAUAACUGGUGAACUCUGGGAAGCCACCAGAUGCUAGGAUCAAGAUGACUAGUGUUUUAGGUUGGGAGGUAGAUGGGAUGCAGGCAGACAGGCAAACUGCUACUACUUCUGUGGCAGCUUCCCUCUCCUGACCUGUGGUUCUUUACAGCUUGCAGCCUAGUACAGUCACACUAGCCUGAACAGAUUUUAUAGCUGAAUGUAUUGAAAAUAUUUUCUUGCACUUAGAAUGUGGUUCUUUUAAAGACUGUCAAGGACCUGCCAUUAACCUCCUCACAGUGAAAGAACAACUUGUAUCUCUCCAAUCUGGCAUGGCUUUCCUGGACCUAAUCAUGGUCCAAACGUGGCUGUUCCACUGAAAGCUGCAGCAUCCAGUCUUGUGGCACCCCUGUGGUUGGUUUGUAGGCACUGUUGGCUAAUAGGUUUAUGCCUGUAGCACUGAGGGGGUACGAUACCAACUGGGAGCUCUGUGGAGGUGGAGGCUCUUACAAGAAAUGUCUGCAUUCCAUUAGCGAUGGCAGGGUGAGAAUGUUUUAAACAUUCGAGGAUUUUAUGUCUCUGUCUCUCUCCCUCCUAUGGCUUUCUUGUACCUGGCAGCCAAAGAAAGCGAAGGAGGCAAAGAUUUUAGGAAAUGCUUAUCCUGUGGUGUGGUGGUGGUUUGAAUUGUGAGUAGGAGGGGGCCAAAGGUGUAGUACAGCCGGCUUCUGGAAAUGCCCACUGUGGGGAAGGGGAAACACCAGGAGUGAGAACUGGAAGCUAGUGCAGGUCUUUGAAGCCAUGUAGACACCUGAUUUCUCUCCUCUUGUUAAUGAGCAGUGCAGCCUCUCUGUGGCCAGGAAGUUCUGCUGCCUUUGGAUUCUGCCCUGCUGAUCUGCAGGCAGUGCUGUGACAUGAAAGAGAAGAUCCUUUGGUUUAUUUUUAAAAUUUUUAUCUACUUUUUAAAGAGAAACUUUUCUGAUUGCUCCUGUUGAACUGUUCAUGUAGCUCCUCAAAGCCUUUUAAAUCCCCACUGCCUGCAAUGACUCGGACAGGAGGAGGCUCAGACUGGUCUUCCUUUCUGUUAAGCUACUUGGCCAGGGCAGCCUUUUCAACACUAGGGAAAUGUUGCAAUUUCUUAUCAUUGCGGACACCAGUUCAGCUUCAAUAGUGUUAGCAAUGUGGGGAUCCUAGGAGAGGGUGCUUGAAACACUGCAUCUGUGGGUAGGAUUAGAUGACAUGCUCCCUGGAAGCACUAGGCCACAGGAUGGGUGACACCACUGAAGUUGGACCAGCAUAGCAACAGCAGGAGAACUCUUGCAAAAAAAAUUCCCUAGGGCAGGCAAGGCUUUUUAGAUUGGUUAAAGAGUGUAUAGUCUUGUUUGUAUAGACCUAUCCCACCCCAAGGAGCAAAUGCUGAAACUCCAAGACCCUGAAAAUGAGGACUUUUCUUAUUCCGUGGGUGAUGUGAAGAACAGACUAUGAAUACAACCUAUUAUCUGCUAACUCAAAUGCUGAAGGAUCAGCUGGGCCUAUGUUCAGAGUGUCCAUCAGUUCCUCUUCUCCAAGAUUCAGUGAUCCCCAAUAUCAUCUCUGUCCCACGUUGUCUUCUGCUGAGGAGCUUCUGCGCUAGGUCUAGGAUUGAUCUUCCUUCUGUUGUCUUUUUAUGUCUGUAAUGUCUCUGAGGCCAGCACAUGAUAUGGUCCAUGAGCAGAAGUGUGUGUAUGUUUUGGGGGGGACUCGGGGAGAUUAAAAAUAGAGCAAUGUAUAUUUUUGUUUUUAAAAUAAAUAAAAUGACGUUUGGCAUAAACAGUA